UAACGCACAUCCGGCCGCGAGGAGCGGCGCUUCCGGCUUUUGAGUCGCGCGACGCUCAGUCGCGCCAGCGCCGUUUCAUUCACCGAGCGCCGGAGCGGCCUGGUCCGAGGCCUCCGCCCCGAGCUCAAUUUUUUUUACUUUCUCCCCGUGCCCGGGUUGCCGCUCUGUGGUCCCGGCCGGCCUGACGCCCCCGCUCCGCCGCCAUGAAGCUCGUGAGGUUUCUAAUGAAAUUGAGUCAUGAAACCGUGACCAUUGAACUGAAGAAUGGAACACAAGUGCAUGGAACAAUUACAGGAGUGGAUGUCAGUAUGAAUACACAUCUUAAAGCUGUGAAAAUGACAUUGAAGAACAGAGAGCCUGUACAAUUGGAGACAUUGAGUAUUCGAGGGAAUAACAUUCGAUACUUCAUUCUGCCUGAUAGUUUACCUCUUGAUACCUUAUUAGUGGAUGUUGAACCAAAAGUCAAAUCCAAGAAAAGGGAAGCAGUUGCAGGAAGAGGCCGUGGCAGAGGUCGGGGUAGAGGCCGUGGCAGAGGAAGAGGAAGAGGGGGACCAAGGCGAUAACUUCUCUCGUACCAUAUAUACGUUACAAAAUUCUAAGCAGUCUGAUAUUUUUUGUACAGGUUUUGUUUACAGUGGCAAUUUUUAAUAAACACAAACUUGGAAAA